AAAAUCAUUUGGGAUAUCCUUUUUUUAAACAAUAAUUUUGCGACUACGCGGUGGUGAUCGCACGUGCAACGCACCUGUGAAAAGGGAGGCAGAGUGGGGCAACUUGUGAAGAUUGAUGUCCAUUCUUCUCUUGGCUUUUGUCUUGUGGUUGGUUUCUGUAAACAUGGCACAGCUCCAGCAAGGAGGAGGUCCAGAUGAAAAGGAGAAGACUACUGCUUUAAAAGAUCUGCUCUCUAGAAUAGACCUGGAUGAGCUGAUGAAAAAGGAUGAACCACCUCUUGAGUUCCCAGACACCUUGGAGGGCUUUGAAUAUGCUUUCAAUGAAUUGGGACAGCUAAGACAUAUUAAAACCGGGGAGCCUUUUGUGUUUAACUUUCGAGAAGACUUACAUAGAUGGAACCAGAAGCGAUAUGAAGCCUUAGGAGAAAUUAUCACCAAACAUGUUUAUGAUUUGCUGGAGAUGGAAUGCAAUCUUCAGAAAGUCUAUCUGCCAAUAGAUGCUUCUGAAACGGAACCAAAAAGUUUUAUUUUUAUGAGCAAAGAUGCAUUGACGAACCCUGACAAAAUGUUAGUUUUAAUUCAUGGCAGUGGAGUGGUGAGAGCUGGACAGUGGGCACGAAGACUGAUCAUAAAUGAGGACCUGGAUAGUGGAACGCAAAUCCCUUUCAUCAAACGAGCAAUGAAGGAAAACUAUGCAGUUAUUGUCCUGAAUCCCAAUGAAAACUACAUUGAAGUGGAGAAGAGCAAACCCCUAGCACAGCAGCCUUCACCAGACAGCUCAGAUGAGCCAGCAGAGAAGAGGGAAAGACGAGAAAGAAUUCCCAAAGAAACAAAGAAACGGAAGGAUUAUGAGAAGUACCGGAACCCCCAGAAGGAAAAGGAGACCCUGCAGCUCUAUAUCAGAGAAAAUGGAAGUCCUGAAGAACAUGCCUUAUAUGUAUGGGACAAUUUCAUCUCAAAGGCACAAGCGGAGAACGUGUUUUUUGUUGCUCACAGCUACGGAGGACUUGCCUUUGUGGAGCUGAUAAUUCAGCGUGAAGCAGACGUAAAAAAUAAGGUCACAGCCGUAGCCCUGACAGACUCUGUACACAAUGUGUGGCAUCAGGAGGCCAAUAAAACAAUUCGAGAAUGGAUGCGAGAGAAUUGCUGUAACUGGGUAUCCAGCAGUGAGCCUCUAGACACGUCGGUGGAAUCCAUGUUGCCAGACUGUCCACGCGUAUCUGCAGGCACAGAGCGUCAUGAACUGACAUCUUGGAAGAGCUUCAACUCCAUCUUCAAGUUCUUCUCUGAAGCCUUGGAAACCAAGAAUACAAAACUCAAACCUGCCUCUUCCUCCACAAGGCGCUCCAACAGAAUAAAGAAUGAAGAUUUGUAAAAAAAAAAAAUCUAAAUAAAAUUAUGGGAUGGGGAAGGGAUGUCAACCAGAUCUUUGCUAGCUCUCCCAAUACUUGCUUUUUCCAGUCUUUCCAUCCCUCAUUAGAUUGUUUUCCUCCUAGAGCACAGGGUCAUGAUGUAUACAUUUAAAUAGCGUUUUGCAUUAUUCUAGAUGAGUGCAACUGUCAAAGCAAUAUGAGUUCACUAGUUGUGCUUCCUGUAGACUGCUGCUUGGAUUCACUGCUGCCCAUCAGAGCACACAUUAGGAUGACAGCAGCACAGCACAGUACAGCAUGGUGCAAGUCUAAUUGCCCUGUCGUAGCCCUACCCUGAACUGAUGCCACAGUCUGUCUGCUACACCAGUACCCACAGCCUCGUCACUCUUACCUCUGUCUGCCCCGCUGAACUCCUGACUGUGCUACUUUGGAAUCCCAAAGCCUUUACAACAGAAGAUCAUUUUAACUCAUUCACCACCCACUCGCGUUUUUAUGUGUUUUAGAGAGACAAAAGCAUCUUCAUGCAUUCUUUUUUUUAACCAAACCAAUUCUAUUUUAACACGUUUGGUGCCAAAUGGAUCUGAAAUGGGCCUGAAUGUGCUUUUUAACCCUCAUCAACAUCAACAUAAAAAAUACUGUCUGAUGAGGUCUUAACAAAUAUUUUAUAACCGUUCCGAACAAUGUUGAAUUUUUCUUUGUUUACAAUACAUGUUAAAUUGGGAAUGAGUAUUAACUGUUCUGCGGCCUGGGAUUACUACUACAUAAUAAGGCUGGGUAGAACCCUUGGCAGCAGAAAAGUUAAUGCUGUAGGGUUUCAUCACUAAACUGGUAAUUGUAGAAAACUAACAAGGAAAUUGCAAAUGUUUGGAUAAAAUAGCCCAGAUGGAAAAAUAGCUGAAAUUGAGAAAUGUUUAUAUUCUACUGUUUUGGAAUUCUCUUCCCUGGAGUCAGUUCUUCACAAUAUGUUGUUCAGUGAAUGAAUCUGUCUGUUCAUUAUGGGAGGGUAAUAAAUCAAUUCAUUCUAUAUGUUAAAAUACUGUGAUCUGCAUCUUAUGUUCUAUAUAGUCUGUGCUUUGCCAUACGAUAUCAGGUUGACUUUUGAUUCUUACAAAUAAGGUUAAUCCUUUUCCUUUUUUUUUACUCUAAAAAGACUAUAUCUAUUUUAAGAUAGAUAAGAUAAUAGUGGUUGCUUUUUUAAUUGUAGAUGGCUAGAUUGGGUAACAGGAAAUUACAUUUAAUACAGAUUUAUUGAUUUUUGCUUCCAUGGGAUUCUAUAGGGCCAGAAGAAUUUUAAAUAUCUUAUAUACGUGUUGCUUAGCUACUGAGAAUUGGACUCUGGUCCAUGUUAAUAACGCUAUAAAUAUUUCAUUAUUUGUAUUUUCUCUGGUUUAAGGUCACUGACUUCAGUUUCCGUGUAAUGCCAAAUCUUAACUUUUCAAAUGCCAGAGGGCGGUAAAUAAUUUAUUACUCAACCCUCUGGCAUUUAAAAGGUUAAUAUAGAGGAGGAUCAUGGGAACUCUUCUCUUCACAAGUAUAGACCGCUAGUUCCGCCAUUAUGCCUGUCAGCUUAUUUUUGUGAUGAAACUGAUACACUGUGAAUAGUACAAGCAAAAAUCGAUAAUUUGUUAUGUGGGAUUAUUAUGAAAUCCAUAUAUUUUUAAUGUUUCAAAUUGAUCUAUUCUCUGUAAAACGGGAUUGCUAUUAAUUCACACAAUCAAUCACUUCCUAUUAUUUCGUACUCUUGCAAUCUUUAAAUGGUUUACCUUCCAUAUUUUCUAUUAUGUCUGCAAUUUAACCCUACCGCAAACCAUCAUUGUACUGUGUAACUUGUUUUAUUGAAACGGAAAAAAAAAAAAUAAUAAAAUUAAAUGGAACUUGUGUUUUUUUACAUAGUUAUGUUAACCCUUUUAAUUAACACUUUUUCUACAAAUAAACCCCAAAUCCCUGUUUUUAAUGUG